CGAAAAAAUCUCAUAGUACUGAGUGCAGGCCGCGGCGGAUCUUCCUUACUUGGUUCCUUAUUCGACAAUAAUCCGCACGUCAUGUAUUGGUUUGAGCCUCUAUAUACUAUCAUGAAACGAAUCCCUAUGAAACGGCAGCCGACAAAAUACAAAGAAACAACCACCAGCGUUAUCGAUAGCUUCUUUCAAUGCCGCUUUGACAAAAUUGACAAGACUAUUUUAUCGGCGCUCUCGAGAUAUAUGUUCCGCAAAAAAAGUAAAGCGCUCUCUAAAACGAAGUUGCCCCAGUUUACGAGUCAACGUCUUAGCAAUGCUUGUAAAAGUUACGAUCACACAGUGAUCAAGAUUUUGUCUGCAAGAGUGCCCAAUACAACAAUACUGACUUUAGAGAAACUUUUCCAAGAACAAAAUCAAUAUGAUGCAAAACUGGUUCACUUGGUUCGCGAUCCAAGAGGAGUGGUCUAUUCCAGGGUUAAGCUAGGAUGGAUGAAGAAAAACUUUAACAGCCCCGAAUUUCGGAAAAGUGUUCGAAACGUGUUUGAUCCAAUACUUCAGAAUAUACGACUUGGUCUGUUUUCUUGCCCAUCUUGGCUUAGAGAUCGCUUUAAAGUUGUUCGCUAUGAAGAUCUUGUGGCGAACAUGGUAAACGUUACACGUGACCUUUAUAAGUUCGCAGGAUUGGAUUGGUCAUCUAACGUUGAUAAGUGGAUAAGUACUUUAGCCAACAAUUCCAAGCACGGACGCGCUUAUUCCUUGUUAAGAAACGCGUCAAUUUCUAUGAACAGUUGGAGACACGCACCUAAACCCCUGAUAGAAGCUGUGGAAGAUGUAUGCGCGGAUCUCAUGGAUCUUUUGGGAUACGAGAAAAUGAUAAUAAAAUAAGACAGACAAAAUUUUGCCUAAUGAUACUAAUCAGUGUUAAUGAUAUAUGAAAGAAACCAUAUAUUAACUGCGGAAAUGAAAUCAAAAUGAAGACAUGAUCGUCGCAGUGAACGCAAUUUAUGCAAUUGCGUAAAGAAGCCUGAAAAAAAAAAUUCAGUCCUGAAUUUUUUUUUCUUUUUUUUUUUCAGGCUUCUUUACGCAAUUGCAUAAAUUGCGUUCACUGCGACGAAUUCAUUUCUUCAUUUUCGAUACUAAUGUUCUCGUAUAGAGGUGCUGAGUAGUCCAUACCAACUAGAACGUUUUCUUUUAAUAGUCCGCCAACCUAAAAUAUCUGUGAGGACUGACGUUAAAUCGAGACGUAAUCUAGCUUAUUUUGGGUUGGAAAAUAUGAAACGGCUUGUCGGCCAUUUCCAUUGUAAAACGUAAUUGAAUUGAGAAUCCAGGCGCAGACGGAUGGCUAAUGUUGACUGAAGCUCACUGACAAGAUGAAUGGGAACUGGAUAAAAUUAAAUUCGUUUUAACAAAUAAUAUAAUCUUUAGAAAUUGUUUACCAACAAUUCUUGUCUUUAUUCUAUACCCCCCUUAGUAGUGCGCACAAAAUUUGAAUGGUCUCCAGGAAAACGAAAUCUCUUUGGUUCAGGUAUGCAGUUCGGAGUAUCAUCCGUUUAAGAAAAACAUGCUAUUAAAUAUUCUUAUAGCUCACGCUUUCCAUGGGGCGUUUGGAUUGGAAGCUUAAUUUGUUUGAAAUUGAAUAUUUUUUUGUUCAAAUUUGCAUGUUUUCUUAUUUUUUCAUGAAACGCAGCUGGCGUUGAUGGGGUAUGAACUAACAAAACCAAAUACAAGUACUCCUGGAAAAUAAAUCUCGCACGUGAUAUUAAUUUAAAACUCUACGUACACUUGGGUUAGAGUUUAGCGGCAUGUUGCAGUAAUUUUACUUUAAUUAAUUUUUACACGUAUUAAACAGUAUACUACCUGCGUUAGGUUCAAUAAACAACUCUGCAAUAAACUAAUUUUAGAAGCCUUGUUUUUAUGCAGGGAAGAUUUAUAGCUACAACAUGUCAAGUGAAGGAAUUUUUUUCCCCGGCACUGCCCAAUAUCUUAUUUACAAAACACUGAAAAUUGCCUGAUUACACAUUCAAGUUGUUAGUAGUAACCGUGCCCCACGUAUAGAAAGACUCUACUUUUCCUCAACCAACAAAGAUUGCUUGAGUUCCGUGUUUGGACAUGGUAUCCUCAUGCAGGGUGCGGGGUAUCGGCAUUGAAGAUGUGCAUAUUUUCAAACAUUGUCAUGAAAUGACAGGAUUAUUGUUGUGGAUUGGGUCAUACUUUAUAAGCUGUGUGGUUCAGCAAACAAGUAGAGUAAAGGAUUUAUCUUCUCUGGCAAGAUAUGAUGACAGUUGUUUAGCUUCAAUGAGGCAUGUUCAAAGUAUCAAACGCGUAGUACGACCUCGCCCAAAUAUACGCUCCCACAGCGUCUUGUUACAUGAAAUUUUCCCGACGCGUUAAUUUCGCAAUACCAAAAAAAUCGCGAGAUUAAUUGACGCGAAAAUGAAUUUAGUGACGCACAUUAUAUCAAUCAUCAAGAAAGAACGAGUUUAUUACCACUGAAACGCUUACAAAAUCACUUUUUUACUGUUCAUUUUUUCUCCUGAAUUUUUACAAAAUCACUUUUUUUACUGUUCAUUUUUUCUCCGGAAUUUUUAGUGUAAAUGGAUGAUGUGGUCACUUGACUCAAGACUGAAAAAUAAUUUACGUACAAGCAUGAACUGCUUGUGCACAUUUUGAGAGCUGCUUUGUUGUUACUGUUGACAACUAGUCCCACUGUGACGUUAUUGCUCCUUUGAUAAAGUCGUUUUAUUUAAUUCAAGGACAUGUUGAAUAACAUUGCCAAUGAACUGUAAAUUGUGGUGCUACAAAACGUGAACUUAAAGACAAAGCGUCCGCUAUAAUUUUCUAAUGAAAGCAAGGCUACUUCAUGUCCUCGAACUUUCGCAGGACCCAUAAGAGUAGCUAACACUUUCGGAUGAGACGAAAAAGCCACCUAAGACAUUCGUGACAACCAAACUGUUCCCCUAAGACAUCCAAACAGAUAAAGAGUUUUUAGGACAACUCGAAAAUAACCAAACAGGCUUCUAAAGCACAGAGGAAACAGAAGACACUUCUGGCGUAUUUGGAAACAUUCGGUUGUUGGGUGCCCCUGAUAUGUAACCGUUUUAUACGGUAUUGUCCCCCACAAACCUCGUUUCUUUAUAUUUUAUCACCGAAAACUAAUCAAAUGUCCAUCUAUUUGUUGGACAACCAUGUAAUGAGAUCAGUGUGCUCAGUGUUCUUUGCUCAGCAAUAACACAUUAUCAUGAUGAUAAAAUCAAUUAGUGUUUUCAGUUACCUUCUAGCAAGGAAAUUUAUGAGAAAUCCUUUGUUCCUUCAUCAGAUUUCGCUUUAUACCCAAACUCUCUAAUUUUUUACAGUUUUUUUUUCUAGAAAUGUUGGUUCCGUUCGAAUAUUUUCCGGACAAAAUCUGUUUUGAUAUACUUAAUUAGGUUUGUAAAAUAAAAUUUGUAGUGGCCUCCACUGAAUUUUACAGCCUAUGUGGUUUCUAUAGUCACUGUAGCAAGCUUUGAACAAUUUUUGAAGCACACGCCGGAUAUAUAUCGUAAACUUAUGGAUGUUUGUUAUAAGUCAGUGAUACUAAGGAAAUUCUGAUGAUUUAUAGUGUAUCUUAUAAUUAGAUCCAUGUAUGAUAGUACUAACGAACAUACUAACGUACAGGCUGGAAAUAUAUUUAUUUGGAAAGAGGUAAGAGUCGGAGUUAUUUACUGGAAUUCAACCAGUCAGGGGCACCCAACGAGAAUACAGUUCAAAACCACUUAAACAUAACAUUGUUGAAAGAAUUAUAGUAUUUAAAGGGUAGAUAUAGGCAUAUUUUUAUCCCCUAAAAAUUUUUCAUCUGUUCGGAUUUCCUAGCUGAAAGUAUAGUGAUCCGAAAAUUAUAGGGAUCACAAUUUACUUUUCGAAAAUUUCAGUCCGAAAAAAGGCUCCCGAAAAUUUUAGGUGACCUUUGUAGGGCAAAAAUCCGUUAUUUGGAAAGAGGUAAGAGUCGGAGUUAUUUACUGGAAUUCAACCAGUCAGGCUGAACCAGUUCCGUUUAAAUCAGCAAAUCACGGAAUCUAGUCUUUAUCCAUAAUGUUCGUGCACCCAAUGAUUCCAUAUGAAUGAGGAGAAACUAGUUAGUAAUUUCUUUGCUUGCGGGGACAAAACAGCAAGGGAGUCAGUAAGAUUCAGCAUUGACUGCCACCCGCGGCAAGACUGGCUAAGACUGCUCGGUCCUUUAAAUCGUAAAAAUGAGAUACUGAAAAAGCUGGUUAUGAUGAUUGUCGGAUAAACAAGUAUAUGGAACAAUCGUAGAAAUAACUUGAGAAAUAAUCUUGAAUCCAUUUUUACCACGGUAAAUUAGAGUGGAAAAGUCACAUAAAAAUUAAUGUGUUUACAAGAUUAGCAAUCAAAACCUAGGAAUUCAGGUAACAUCAAAACUUCAUGAUAUGUAUUCUUUGAAACUUUGAUGCAAAGAAAUGCGGUUUGUUUAGCAAUAUUAGAUUUUACAUUUUUAGGCCGAACAGGUGUCAUUCAGUUCCGGCAUUGAUUAUUUAGAUCUUGUUUACAGUUUUACUUAAUUGCGCAUAUAUGUGGACUGCAGGUUUUGGGUGUCCAAGAAAGCCACGUUUUAAUUAAAAAAGUACACUUGCUAAUAGUUAGAAUAACAGCACUUGUCGGUUCUCCAAGAUGGAAUGUAAAAUAAUCAACAGUGUUUGAGCUAUUAAGCUAAAAUUGCUAAUUCAAAUUUGGAAAGAUCGGCCAGCCCGUUGCCUCUUAAAUGUCCAGUUCACAUCCUUCAAUUCCUACUAGCUUUAUGUACUAGCAUGCGUGCUUGAACGUUUCAUUUGGCAAACGCCGUGGUGUUUAUAUAACUAGUAAUAGUUGACACUACACCUGCCCCCGUUCUGUAUAUUGUCGGUCAAUAGUAUUCUUGCUGGUUGUGUAGCUCUUUGAAAUAUACCGAUUCAUAAUGAAGAUUUUCACACAUAUUCCAUACAAUAGGUGAGAUAAAUACAGUAAACGCAAGGUUCCAUGCACCGUUUCAGCUCGAUUUACACAGCUUUGAUGAAAACAUUCUCAGUUUCGAGAAUAGUUUAUCCUAAACCAUACGAAAAGAUAUAAUUAGAAGUUGAAUUUUUCGCUAUUUCUCUUUCACUUUUUACAUUCAGUUCAUUUUAUUUCCCGGAAAGUAAUCCUUAGAAAUUAAAAGGACGUUUGAUCGAUUCACGCUCGCACAUUCUAGUCUUAUUUGAAACUUUAUAACGCAAAGACAUCUGUCAGCAGGGAAAAAGUCAGCACAGAAUUUGAUUGUCGGCGAAUUCAUGUAAUUGUCCAUCAAUCUGCUAGUGAUAAGCUAGCCGUUAUUCACUCGUCUUUCUUGUUUGGGGCUGAGUCUUAUUCCGAUCAAAGAGAGAGAAAGAGUGUCUGACAAGGUUUCCAAUAUAAAUCAAAGAUUUGUGAACUCGUGUCUGGCAAACCUCCAAGUGUUUAUAUAUACACAGUUAAAGGCACCUUAUGACCUCAUCUGCGCUUAACGAUUGUCUUUUGGCCCAUAACGUUCAAAACAACUGCUCCACAGAAUGUUACUGCGUAACGCAAAAGAGUGGCGAAGUAUGACUGCACAAUAAAUGUCACAAAAUCUACCUGAGCGGACCCUUCGGAAUUUUCUGUCUUUACGUCAUCCUAACCAUUUCGUACUUGCGGGCACAAACAAUAGAAACGUCAUCAUUACCUACCGAUUCCUCGCGGCCCCUGUUCGAGCAAAUCGAGAUUUUUUUCUAGUAUACUGACUGUAUAUUUGAACUGUAAGUACUGUCCUUAAUAUACGCGCGAGUUACUAGGGUGCCUUCUCAGGAUUUCGCCUCUGGGCGAAAUCCCUGCGGGGGCAAUAAAACAGCUUUGUAAAUGUGUCCUGAGGCUCAAAUAAAAAUGCAAACGUAACCCUUAGACAGUCAAUCUCGAUUAACUCACCCCUCAGCUCCAAAAUCAGACAGGCUUUCUAACACUUGCAUUGUUAUUCUCUCUGUUAUUGCAGAUACGGAUUCAUGCAGCUAUAACUAGCGUCCUUUAAAGUUCCCAGGCUUUGUCAUGAAGACUAAUCAGAUCUUUGUGUCAUUUUCUAUUAUCGCUUUGCUUUUGAUAUUUAUCUAUAACACGAACUGGACUUCAAUCUGGCUUUUGCGUACAAAAAUAAGUUCAACCAGCGUAGUGAAACUCAUUGGGCAGAUUGGGUUCCUCAAAACCGAGCAACUGAAAGAAGUUCAGACAAGAGAAACCCUUAUAAACAGCAACGCAACUUUUAAGAUAUAUGACAGCAAAGCAAACAACAGCAACACAGAAGCUGGUAUAAUCGUGGAAAAUAGUCAUCCACAACAAGAAUUUGUUAAAAGGCGAAAAAAUCUCAUAGUACUGAGUGCAGGCCGUGGUGGAUCUUCCCUACUUGGUUCCUUAUUCGACAAUAAUCCGCACAUCAUGUAUUGGUUUGAGCCUCUACGUACUAUCACGAAUCAAAUCCCUGAGAAACAGCAGCCAACAAAAUACAAAGAAACCACCACCAGCGUUAUCGAUAGCUUCUUUCAAUGCGGCUUUGACAAAAUUGACAACACUAUUUUAUCGGCGCUUUCGAGAAGUAGUCUUCGCAAAAAAAGUAAAGCGCUCUCUAAAAGGCAGUUGCCCCAGUUUACGAGUCAACUUCUUACCAAUGCUUGUAAGAGUUACGAUCACACAGUGAUCAAGAUUUUGUCUGCAAGAGUACCCAAUACAACAAUACUGACUUUAGAGAAACUUUUCCAAGAACAAAAUCAAUAUGAUGCAAAACUGGUUCACUUGGUUCGCGAUCCAAGAGGAGUGGUCUAUUCCAGGGUUAAGCUAGGAUGGAUGAAGAAAAACUUCAACAGCCCCGAGUUUCGGAAAAGUGUUCAAAACAUAUUUGAUCCAAUACUUCAGAAUAUACGACUUGGUCUGUUUUCUUGCCCAUCUUGGCUUAGAGAUCGCUUUAAAGUUGUUCGCUAUGAAGAUCUUGUGGCGAAUAUGGUAAAUGUUACACGUGACCUUUAUAACUUUGCAGGAUUGGAUUGGUCAUCUAACGUUGAUAAGUGGAUAAGUACUCUAGCCAACAAUUCCCAGCACGGACGCCCUUAUUCCUUGUUAAGAAACGCGUCAAUUUCUAUGAACAGUUGGAGACACGCACCUAAACCCCUGAUAGAAGCUGUGGAAGAUGUAUGCACGGAUCUCAUGGAUCUUUUGGGAUACCAGAAAAUGAUAAUAAAAUAA